AUGAUCGCCCUGCGCUGCGCUGGCUUUGACCGCGUGGAUCUCAAAGCCACGGAGCGGUUUGGCAUCACUGUGGCCCGGGUGCCGGCCUACAGCCCGUAUGCAGUCGGGGAGCAUGCUGUUGCAUUGAUGUUGUCCUUGAAUCGCCACAUUACACGGUCCUACAGAAAUGCACGGAUUGGGAACUUCAGCUUGAAUGGUGCCAUGAUUGGACAAACGUUGCAUGGUAAACGAGUUGGCAUCAUCGGUACAGGUUUGAUUGGAUCCAUCACUGCACGAGUCAUGAAGAAGGGCUUUGAAUGUGAUGUGGUUGCUUAUGAUGUUUUCGAGAAUCCCAAGAUUGCGGACCCCGAGCCACAAGGCUUGGCAAUUCCCUACGUGUCCCUGGAUGAUUUGCUCUCCACUUGUGACUUCAUCUCUUUGCAUGCACCACUGCUGCCAUCCACGAAGCAUAUGAUCAAUUUUGACAAGUUGAAGAUCAUGAAGAAAGGCAUCAUGACGCAUGGUCUCGUUGGUGCGGAAGAGUCAAUUCAUCGUCCGAGGAUUGUGAACACCUCCCGUGGUGGACUCAUCGACACCAAAGCAUUGAUCCAAGGCUUGAAGGAUGGCACCAUAGGUGGAGCAGCCAUGGAUGUGGUCGAGAACGAAGCGCCGUAUUUCUUCAGGAACUUCUCCACCAGCUGGAUCACGGAUGAGAACAUCGCUGUGCUGUUGCGGAUGCCCAACGUUAUCCUGACCCCACACUUGGCCUUCUUCACACGAGAGGCGCUGAGGACGAUUUCUGACACUUCCUUGAAGAGCUUGGCAGGUGCGCGCACCAUGAAAGUUGUGUGCCUGCCACCCAAAGAGGCCCCAUCAGUGCUGCGGAAAAGCACACAGGCGGCGGCCAUGACGUUCAUGCAGAGCCUUCCAGCGCCAGUACAUCCCAUGAAGGCGGAAUACUUCCCAGCCUUCGAGAACAGCGAGCAGAGCUUCCGCAUUGUGUUCUUCUCAGCUACGCCCACAGAGAUUGAGGCCUUCCAGAAGGGCAACGAGGAGUUCAACGGGAAUUUCACCAUGAAGUUCUACCAGAGUCGCCUCACCAUCGAAAGUGUCCACCUGGCGAAGGAUGCCGAGGGCGUCUGCAUUUUCGUGCAUGACGACGCAUCAGCUGAGGUGGUGAAGGCCUUGAAGGCGCAAGGAGUCAAAAUGCUGGGUCUCCGCUGCAGCGGUACCAACCAUGUGGAUAUCGCUGCAGCAAAUGACGCCGGGCUCACCGUGACGCACGUGCCGGGCUACAGCGCCUCGUCCAUCGCUGAGCACGCCGUGGCCUUGACCACUUCAGUCAUCCGAUGCAUCCCACAGGCCACGGAAAACACCAGGCGUUGUAAUUUCGAGCUCAACGGUCUUCUUGGCUUCGACAUGAUCGGCAAGAAGGUGGGCAUCUUCGGCACUGGUCGCACUGGCAAAGUGGCUGCACGAAUCUUCAGUGCUGGCAGCUGGGCCUUUCUGCCAAGCAGAUAUGGAUGCGAAGUCAUGUGCAACGAUCCGGUGGAAAAGCCGCAGGUGAAGGACAUGCCUCCCAGCGGGCUUGGCUUGCCAUAUGUGCCACUUGAUCAGAUCUUCAGCGAGUGCGACAUCAUUUGUUUGUUCGUUCCUCUCAACCAGAACACCGCCAAGAUGAUUGAUGCAGCUGCUAUUGAGAAGAUGAAGAACGGUGUAAUUCUGGUGAACACUUCCCGCGGUGGGCUUGUUGACAACAAAGCUUUGAUUCAGGGCUUGCACCAGGGCAAGAUCGGUGGAGCAGGGCUUGAUGUCGUUGAGGGUGAAGAAGGCUAUUUCUUUGCCGAUUGGAGCGACCAAGUGGUUCAACACGAUGACCUCAGUAUUCUCACGUGUUUCAACAACGUCGUCAUCACUUACCAUCAGGCAAGCUGCGUGGUAGGGCACAAGGAUUUACCAAGUGGUCUACCACUCCACCGCGUUUCAAUGCGUUUCAGGUGGUGUGUUUGGCAUUCUUGUGCCAUCUCGCCCUAUAAGUGGAUUCUUGAUCGUCGCUUGAUGGGUACGUGGGCCCGACAUCAUGUUCAAAAUGAAGAAGGUGCUAGAUUCAGAAGUGCAAGAUUUGAACCUUGUUUUGCAUAG